AUGCAAGACUCGACGUGUGAAGGUAACUAUGAUCUCCCAACGAUCCAUCCUUUUUCUAGAUUGAGCCACUCUGACACCCUACCCUCCCAGUGCGACGAGACCAAACCAACAUGUCAAAGAUGCAAGAAGGCCCAGCGGGUCUGCCUAUGGGCCCCAUCUGAACAGGCACGCUUCUCGAUCCAUCUGGAAAACCGCUACGCGAGCGGCCAAACCAAGCGCCCACGAGGGCCUCGACGAGCUCUCAGCACUACUAGUACGUCCAGGACAUGCAGCACAGGCACCAACACAAACACUCUUCUUCCCCGCGAGCCACGUCUCGACCUGCAGACUCGAGCAGUCUUACACUAUCUGCAUCAUCAAGUACAGACGCGCGCGGAGGCGCCCAGUCUCGCAAAGACUCUCUACGACUGUGUCUCGUCCAGGACGGGACAGUCCGAAAUGGUCGACCUGGCCAUCUCAUCGAUCGCUCUAGCCGUCUAUUCCCAUACCCAGCACCACCCUCCCGCAGCUACCCAGGCGACAGUGCAAUACCAGCACCUCCUACGAGUCGUGCGAUCGACUUUACCCAGAUUAGACCGCUACAACAUCAACGCCUGCUUGUUGGCGAUCUGUCUGAUGGGCCGAUACGAAGACACCGUCUCCCGACCGGACAGCAUUGCCUCGUGCCCGAGUUUCUCGCAUCACGACGGAGCGCUGGCCGUGCUGAGGAUCUGGCGGGAUCUACAGAAGCGCCUGCUCUCAUGCCAGGAGAUGAUGACGAUGGAGGUGGGGGUGCCGGAUAUCGUCAAACAGACUCGCCGCGGACUGAUCAGGUCGGCGAUGCUCCGCAACUUGUCGUUCCCCGGCUGGAUCAGCGACGGCAGUGUCUUCGGCGAGUCUGGCCGCGAGCUUGUCUAUGACAGUAUUCUCGUGGACUUGACUAACCUGCGCCACCGGCUGGGGAACGUCGAGACCGGGAGCACGACUGAUUACUAUUCCGAACUGGAAAAGAUGAAUUACCAAGCGGUCGAUCUCGAUCUGACGUUGCAGAGAUGGUCCAACCAGUUUCCUUCCGCUUGGAACUAUGAGCGUUGCUGGCUGGAUGGUGCAGAGAGAGACCGACUCCCUGACCAUUUCUACUCUGAUGCUGCUGCUGCUGCUAGUGCUAGUCCGGUGUAUGUGUACGCUUAUACCAGUGCCGUCUAUGCCGCUGUGUGGCUGCAGUAUUUCUCCACCAGGAUGCUGCUGGGCAGUACACGCUUGAGGAUCCUUCGUCUCCUGAUCCAGGCUUGUCGAGUUGGGGCCGUGCAGGAAGGGGAUCAGGAUCCCCUCCAUGUUUCCACUAUGGCAGAGCGCUACGGACAGGAAUAUAGGGAGUGCUUGGCCCAGCUGAAAUCCGCGGCAGACGGUCUGGCGGCGAGUAUACCUUCCUGUCUGGGCCGAGUUAAGUUGAAGACGGAAAGGCAGGGUCAGCCCCGGCCUCGGAAGCAAACAGCGAGCCCUGUCAACGCGACGGGCACGCGUAGUACCGGCACGAAGGACUCAGAGCUCGGAAUCUGUCACGGACAAGACGAAGGCCUCUACACCAGUGGCAGUACUAGUUCCAUCACUACUACCGGGACUAGUCGUACUGCAGGUUCAGGUUCAGGUUCCGGUCCUGCUUUCUCUCAAACGGAGUCUUCCACCUCCACGCCGCCAGAAUCGGCAGCACGGCAUCCUAGUACGCCAUCGACAUCCUCGAUCUCUCCGAUCUCAACAUCGCUGGCUCCACCAUCUUCUUCUACUUCCUCUUCUUGUUCUCCUUCCUCAGCAUAUCUCAACUCAGGUCCUGCAACAUUACCGAUUGCAAGUCACCAACUACCAGAUUCGACAGCGACAGCGCCAGAAUCAGAAACAACACCAGCAUCAUCAGCAAUGGCGAUACCUAUACCCAAUGAAAUCAACAUCAACCCCUAUCUCGCAUCUCUCGCUGUAUGGCCACUCAGCAUCGCCUCUGGGAUUGAUAUGAAUAUGAACUUCAACAUGGAACCAAAUCGUCCAACCUCGCCGGCGGGACUAGGAGGUUUAGGGACCUGCGGUGAUAAUAUCGUGGACCAGAGUAACACUAUCCCUAUCACUAUCAGUACUACCACUAUUACCGGUAGUGGUGGUAAUACUGGUAGUUUCAACACUCAUACUACUCUCUCCUCCUCGACCAGGGAACAAGAAGACCCAAAAAGAGAAGAUUGUUUGGAUUCCUCCGAUUGGUCCACGUCAAUCCAGGCCGAACUGGCGAAUAUGCAGACCUGGUUCCGUGCGGAAUUGGGUCGUCUUGGCCGAGUCAUCGGAACGAGAGUCGUCGAGGGUGCGCAGGUGAAUGGGGAGUGGUGGGUGCGGUUAUAG